AUGUCUCCAGAUCCUGCCGCCGCCCUGAGCGCCUUGCUUCGCCAGGCCUCCAUCGAAGACCACGAUGAAAUGCUCAAGGCCGCCAACGCUGCCAUCAAGGCCAAAAAGGACGACGUCGUUAGCCAGCACACCCGCAUUGUUGCCCUACUGAAGCUCGAUCGUUUCGACGACGCCCUGCGCGCCAUCGCAGAGGGCAGCACCGCCCUACUCUCUCGAUGUGUCCUCGAACAUGCAUACGCACUCUAUAAGACAGGAAAGCUCGAGGAGGCUACCGAGGUUCUGCAAUCUGCCGGUAUUGAGAGCAGCCGGAGCUUCAAGCAUGUCGCUGCGCAAGUUGCCUAUCGAGCUGAACGAUUCGACGAAGCACGCUCUUUGUACAGCCGCCUUCUCGACACUGAUGCUUCUGAUGAGGAGAACGACCUCGGAAUUAACAUUCGAGCUACCUUUGCGCAAUCUGACUGGUUAGGCUACUCGUCAGUGGAUGCCAUCACGGUUCAAGACUCUGAUGGUUUCGAACUAUGCUACAAUGCUGCUUGUGCGCAUAUUGCUCGGGGCUCUCUUGAGACUGCCGCUGAGCUUUUGCAACGUGCUGCCAGGCUCUGCGACGCUUCUGAUGACCUUACCCAGGAGGAUAAGAAGGCUGAGAUGCGUCCCAUUCUCGCUCAACAGGCAUUUGUUUAUGCGAAACUGGGCAAGCUUAAGGAGGCCCUCGAGCUAUACAAUUCACUACCAGGCUCAAGCGACGAGGAUAUUGAUCUCUCGUUGAUCACCGAGAACAACCUGGUGGCUCUGGAGCCCAACGUCGAGAACCCCCACUUGCUUAAACGCAAGUUCUCAUCAGUGGCAGCAAAAGAAGAGCACGCCAAGCUCUUCAAGCAACAGUCCAAUAUCCUCCGGCGCAACAAGCUGGCUAUCGAUCUUCAAGCAUUCAAGGCCCCUGGUGUCAAGAGCCGCACCGAGGCUCUCCUUGAGAACGUGGAGCACCCUACGACAUCUGCCGACGCAGGCAUCCUCUCUGUCUUCAAUGCUGCUGCAAGCUCUCAAGGAACCACUGGAAAGGAACUUCUACGGAAUAUUCACAACCUAACGAAGAAGCGACCUCUCGAUGUCGGCCUCGCUUUGACUCUUGUUCAAAUACAACUCAACAACGGUCACACCGGCUCGGCACUGUCGAUCCUGGAGUCAUUCCUGCAACGCCUCGAGAAGAUCGAGACUCCUGAUGCUUUAGAUGCCCGGUUCAGCCCUGGCCUUGUCGCCCUGCUUGUAACACUCCUGCGAGCCCAGAGCCGAGAGUCAUCCGCCAAGGCUGAGCUCGUCAAGGCGGCGACACACUGGCAGUCUCGUCACAGCACUGCUACUUCGCUACUUGAGGAGGCCGGUAUCGAGCUGAUGAAGUCGUCCAACGUUCAGGACCUGCAGCUUGCUGGUUCUUCGUUCCAGAGACUCAUCAACGAACAACAGGCCUCAGAUAUUGCUGCUGCUGGUCUGGUGGCAUCCCUUGCUCCCUCCAACCCUUCCCAUGUUGAGCAAUACCUCGGAAACCUCCCCGCAGUCGACUCUCUCAUCGAAGGCAUUGACGUCACUGCCCUUCUCGGUGCCGGUGUCGCCACCGCGAGCAGCAAGGCUUCGCAGUCCCUCAAGCGAUCAGCUCCUGAGUCGGCCGAGAAGACACGCAAGCGCCGCAGAAAGAUCCGUCUGCCCAAGAACUACGUGGAGGGCACCAAGCCUGACCCUGAGCGAUGGCUGCCGCUGCGCGAUCGGAGCUCAUACCGACCCAAGGGCAAGAAGGGCAAGAAGAAGGCUGGCGAGACACAGGGAGGCAUUGUCAAGGAGGAAGAGACGCUGGAGCUCGUAGGCGGAGGAGGCGUCAAGGUGGAAAAGGCGCCUCCCCAAAGCUCCAAGAAGAAGAAGAAGGGUAGAAAGUAG